CUCCAUCCUCCGCCGCCUCAGCUUCCCCAGCGAGCCCUGCGGCCGCCGCAGCUGCUCCCGCGGCGGAGCAGGAGCCGGAUGGUCAGAGGAGCCCGGCAGCCUCAGCAGCCGCGGAGUCGCCUGGCCACCAGACUGACUGGCACGGUGGAGAAACCACCUCGAAAACGGAAAAGCAGGUAAGGUAAACAUGCCUUCCUGUUUUGUCUCGUGUUUCCACAUUUGCUUGACUGCACCUGUGCCAUACUGCCUACUUCUCCACUGUCAGCAGGACUGAAUUUGCUCUUAAAGAAAUCAUGUCCUCUGGAGGUGCUGAAGAUGACAUCCCACAGGGAGAGAGGAAAACAGUCACUGAUUUUUGUUAUCUUCUGGAUAAAUCUAAGCAACUGUUCAAUGGGUUAAGAGAUUUGCCACAAUAUGGGCAGAAGCAGUGGCAAUCCUAUUUUGGAAGAACUUUUGAUGUUUACACCAAACUCUGGAAGUUCCAGCAGCAGCACCGACAAGUCUUGGAUAAUCGGUAUGGCUUGAAGCGGUGGCAAAUAGGGGAAAUUGCUUCUAAGAUUGGGCAGCUAUACUACCAUUAUUACUUACGCACAUCUGAGACCAGCUAUCUGAAUGAGGCUUUCUCCUUCUAUUCUGCAAUCAGACAGAGAUCAUAUUAUUCUCAAGUCAAUAAAGAAGACAGACCUGAGUUGGUAGUGAAGAAGCUACGAUACUACGCAAGAUUCAUAGUAGUUUGUCUUCUUCUCAACAAAAUGGAUGUUGUAAAGGAACUGGUGAAGGAGUUGUCCGAUGAAAUUGAAGAUUACACUCACCGCUUUAAUACUGAAGAUCAAGUGGAGUGGAACCUGGUGCUUCAAGAAGUCGCAGCUUUUAUCGAGGCAGACCCCGUAAUGGUGUUGAAUGAUGAUAAUACCAUUGUUAUCACAUCUAACCGCCUUGCUGAAACAGGAGCCCCCCUGCUGGAACAGGGCAUGAUUGUGGGACAGCUGUCUCUGGCUGACGCGCUCAUCAUUGGUAAUUGUAAUAACCAGGUUAAGUUCAGUGAACUAACUGUUGACAUGUUCCGGAUGUUACAAGCCCUGGAAAGGGAGCCAAUGAAUUUAGCUUCCCAGAUGAAUAAGUCAGGAAUGCAGGAAUCAGCUGACAAGCCUACCAGGCGAGAAAAUCCCCACAAGUACCUGCUCUACAAACCCACCUUCAGCCAACUGUACACAUUCUUAGCAGCAUCUUUUAAGGAGCUGCCUGCCAAUAGCGUGCUUCUGAUUUACCUGUCAGCCACUGGCGUUUUCCCAACAGGUCGUUCUGAUAGUGAAGGUCCUUAUGAUUUUGGAGGGGUUCUUACUAAUAGUAACCGGGAUAUUAUAAAUGGAGAUGCCAUGCACAAACGCAAUCAAUCCCACAAAGAAAUGCACUGCCUCCAUCCUGGAGAUCUCUACCCCUUCACGAGGAAGCCCCUGUUUAUCAUCGUGGAUUCAUCCAAUAGUGUCGCAUACAAGAAUUUCACAAACUUAUUUGGACAGCCACUAGUCUGCUUGCUUUCUCCUACAGCAUAUCCAAAAGCUUUACAAGAUCAAUCUCAACGAGGUAGCCUCUUCACACUCUUUUUGAACAAUCCUCUAAUGGCCUUCCUAUUUGUCUCUGGAUUGUCAAGCAUGCGCAGAAGCCUGUGGGAAAAGUGUCAAGAAUACCUUCGAAAAAUCAACCGCGAUAUUGCCCAGCUACUGACCCAUUCACGUUCAAUAGAUCAGGCAUUCCUCCAGUUUUUUGGAGAUGAAUUUCUUCGCUUGCUUCUCACAAGAUUUGUCUUUUGUUCAGCCACCAUGAGGAUGCACAAGAUUUUUCGGGAAACACGGAAUUACCCAGAAUCGUAUCCACAACUGCCAAGGGAUGAAACGGUGGAGAACCCUCAUCUCCAAAAGCACAUUUUGGAAUUGGCAUCCAUUCUGGAUGUUCGAAACGUGUUCUUUGAAAAUACCUUGGAUGACUAUUAAAACAAAAACCCUCUUGUCGAAACAC